CCAACGUACCCUAAAUAAUAAUCACAUUAUUAACUCUUACCUAACUUUGAUCUCCAACUCUCAUGUCGGCUUCCCGUUCAGCUAGUCCUACGGAGGAGAAAGAUGAAGAGCGGGUCGAGCAGCACACGGAGGUGACACCCGAGUCCACUGGCGAGUCAACCUCCCCAGAGGAGUCUGCUGAACCUUCAGAUACAGACCAGGACACCACAAACGCUCAUGCUCACCUCCCAACAGCGGGAUCAUGGCAAGCCAUAUGGUCUCCUCAGCACAACACCUAUUAUUUCUACAACUCAGAAACCAAAGAAACGACUUGGGUAAACCCCCUUCAACCCGCCACCUCUGAAUCAGAACCUUCCUCGUCUUCCACCUCCCAAUCUGGCCCUUCCACAACAAUAGACUCUCACUACGCGGCGUUGCAAGCGAACGCGAUGGCGCAGGGUAUUGAUCCAUCCUUAGCCCAUCUUGAUCCGUCGCUUGCUUCCUCGUCUGGUGUUCCUAGCAAUUUUAUGUACACCGCAAAGUUCAACGCGAGGACUGGCGCUUUUGCGAAAGCGGAUAGUCGCGAUCCUACUCACUUGUCAGAGUAUGAGCGUGCCAAGCGCAUGAGCGAGUUCUACUUUGACGUUGGUGCUUGGGAGAGGGAUGUCGAUGCUCGCAACAAGGCUGAGAUUGAGGCCGAGGCCGAGGGAGAGGGCAAGAAGAGAAAACGUCCGACAAAGAAAGAUCUGGAGCGGUUCAAGGAACAAAAGAGAUUAAAGAAGAUCGCGAAGACGGCAUGGCUUCGAACAUAGACACCUACUUACUGUCGUAUUAGAAACACCAAUUCAAAGCAGUCUGGCAUCAAUGAU